AUGGACCGAUCGGAGUUAAGGACCUUGAGAUCUGCGUCUCCCGGAACCUUCAAAGGAGUACUCGCUCCGAGAGACCAACCGCGGGGUCACCCAGAUCCCUGCGACCCCAAGUUCCCAGAAGCACCCCGGGAUGAAGAGAGACUGAUGCAAUCCCCUGGCCACGCUAGGGUUCGCCGGCGCCCCCUCGCAUCACCUGGGCCUUCCUCGGGGUCCCUGGCCCACCUUGUUCCUCCACGCCCCUCGCACCCCAACCCUCCCCAGUGUUCCCUACGCCCCUCGCAUGGCCUGUCCUCCCCUGGAGAGCGCCCCCCGCCCCGUCCCUCGCGUCCCCGGCUCUCUCUGCGUUCCCGGGCGCCCUCGCCGGCCACGCACCUGUCAGCCUUCGCUGGAGUCCCCCAAGCCCCCGCGGGCAGGAGCGCGCACCUCCGGCCCUCGCUCCGUAGCGCCCGACCUCAGCCUCCUAGGCCUCUCAGCGGCCCGCGGAAGGCCCGCGCAGCACUGGCGUCCGCUCCGGGCCGGGCCCGCACGCGCACCAUCCGGGCCUCCGGAGCCUCACACACGUGUCACCACGGCGCUUAA